AUGGUGAAGAAUACUAAUAUAUCAGUAUCUAUUCCAUUUGGUGGAGUACCUGUUCUUCUUCUAGGAGAUUUAGCCCAAUUACCUCCAACACCAGUAUUUAAAGCUGCAAUAUGGAGAGAAUUUUCUCCU